AUGAUUGAUGCAUCAAAGCAUAAGAUCAAAUCAUCAACACUGAAACAUGUCAUGAAGACUAUUAAAGAAAGUGAUCGCGUUAUCAAGAAGAAGAACAAAGACGAUAAGCAAGCGUUGAAAAUUGUCGAAGCACCGCAAGUAUCAACAGCAAUGUUCUUGAAGUACAAUACGCAACUUGGACCACCAUUUCACGUUAUUAUCGAUACGAAUUUUGUGAAUUUCUCCAUUAAAUACAGAAUCGACAUUAUGCAGGGAUUUAUGGAUUGUUUAUAUGCAAAAACGAUACCAUAUGUAACGGACUGCGUCUUGGGUGAAUUGGAAAAACUUGGACAACGAUGCAAGGUUGCUCUUAAAAUUAUUAAGGAUAGUCGGUUUAAACGUUUGUCAUGCUUUCAUAAAGGAAUUUAUGCCGAUGAUUGUAUCGUCCAAAGGGUUACGCAGCAUAAAUGUUAUAUUGUUGCAACCUGUGACAAGGAUUUGAAACGACGGAUUCGUAAAAUUCCAGGUGUCCCCAUCCUGUAUAUUAGACAACAUCGAUUCUCAAUAGAACGUAUGCCUGAUGCAUAUGGUGCUCCCGUGAACUAA